AUGAAGCAGCGUGAGAGCCUUAAUUCCCCAUCUGGAGGCUGUGAUAAAGCUUGUGGAAUGGUAAAACAUGGAACUCCUGAUGUAGAUACCCAUCCUACAACCAUUGAUGCCAAUGCCUCCUGUUUCAUGGCGGCCAACAGUGACCCUUGUCUUGAGUUGCCAACACCCAUGCCAUCAUCUCCUGUUGGCGCAAGAAAGGAAAGGAAGAUCGUUGUUCGAUCUUAG